UUAUAAUGUAACAAUUUAGAAGCUACAGUGUAGCCAAUAAAGUGUCCGCGACAACCGAGCGCAUCUGCUCGCCGGUGCGCCCUUCUCGCCCCUCGCCCUGGAUGCGAAAAGAGACCAACGCCGACCUCGGACAUCAGAUGACAUUUGUUACGGAGGGGGACGGGACUGGAUCAUAACGCAUUCGUAUGAGGCUGAUGUAUGUUCCCAGAGAGGAGACUGCAGUCCCCAGGAGCCACAUAGCGCCUCUCCUACACCUCCACCGCCGUCUCGUCUUCUGUUGUCUGGCAGCAUGCCUUCUGAACCCAGCCUCAGCAGCAGGGAGAUGCUGACAGGACAGAGGCUCUGCCAGUCAAAGUCCCACCAGGACUCGGUCCUCGCUGCCCUGAACCAGCAGAGGAAGGACGGCUUGCUGUGUGACGUCACCCUGGUCGCCGGCGAGCAGAAGUUCCACGCCCACAAAGCCGUCCUGGCAGCAUGCAGUGAUUACUUCAGGGCUAUGUUCAGCUUGUGCAUGGUGGAGAGUGAGGCAGACGAGGUGACUCUGCAAGGGGUGACCGGCGUUGGACUGAAGCACGCUUUGGACUUCGCCUACACUGGGCAGAUCCUGUUGGAGCCAGCGGCGAUCCAGGACGUCCUGUCAGCAGGGAGCCACCUGCAGCUGCUGGAGCUCCUCAGUCUCUGCUCCCACUACCUCAUCCAGGAACUGAGCAGCGUGAACUACCUGGAGCUGUACCGCGUGGCUGACCUGUUCCACCUCCCCGCCCUGGAGGAGGCCGUGGUGGACUUCCUGGUGGAGCAUCUGUCCGAGCUGAGCCACAGCCGGCAGGACGAGGCCCUGCAGCUGCCUUACCGCCUGCUGAGGGAGGUGCUGAAGAGCGACCGCCUCACCUCCCUGAGCGAGGAGGAGAUAUGGAAGCUGGUCGUUCUGUGGCUGGACCACGACUGCCGCCACCAGUACGCCGACGACCUGCUCCAACACGUCCGCUACGGCCUGAUGGACGUCCCCACGCUGCACCACCUCGCCCGCAGCCACUCCCUGGUCCAGUCCAGCCCGACCGCCGCCGCCCUGGUGGAGGAGGCCCUGGACUACCACCACGCCACCUUCGCCCAGCCCCUCCGCCAGUCGGCCCGCACCAGGCCCCGCUUCCAGUCCCUCACCCUCUACAUAGCCGGCGGGCGGAAGCGGGAGGUGAGCAGGGUCAAGGAGCUUCGCUACUUCAACCCGGCCACGCAGGAGCACGUGCGCGUCGCCGGCGGGUCCAACUGGAGCGAGCUGGCGCCCAUGCCCACCGGGCGCAGCCACCACUGCGUGGCCGUGAUGGGCAACUUCCUGUUUGUGGUGGGCGGGGAGGUGGAGCACGCCACCGGGAGGACAUGCGCCGGCAGGACAUGCGCCGUGAGGACCGCGUGCCGAUACGACUCCAGGGGAAACUGCUGGACCGACAUCGCCCCCAUGAAGGCCUGCAGGGAACACUUUGUGCUGGGCGUGCUGGGCCAGUACCUGUACGCAGUGGGGGGCAGGAACGAGCUGAGGCAGGUGCUGCCCUCGGUGGAGCGCUACUGCCCCAAGAGGAACAAAUGGAUGUUUGUACAACCCUUCGACCGCUCGCUGUCCUGCCACGCCGGCUGUGUGGCCGACAGCCUGCUGUGGGUGUCAGGCGGGGUGACAAACACAGCUCAGUACCAGAACCGACUGAUGGUGUACGACCCAGAACAGGACCAGUGGCUGGCCCGCAGUCCCAUGCUGCAGAGGCGGGUGUACCACGUCAUGGCGGCGGUGAGGAGGCAGCUCUACGUGCUGGGCGGCAACGACCUGGACUACAACAACGACCGCAUCCUGGUCCGCCACAUCGACUCCUACAACAUGGACCUGGACCAGUGGACGCGCUGCUCCUUCAGCCUCCUCACGGGUCAGAAUGAGUCCGGGGUGGCCGUCCACGAUGACCGGAUCUAUGUGGUUGGAGGAUACUCCAUUUGGACCAACGAGCCUCUGGCGUGCAUUCAAGUGCUGGAUCUGAGCACAGAGGGGAAGGAGGAGGUUUUCUACGGGCCGACGUUGCCAUUCGCCUCCAACGGGAUAGCGACUUGCUUCCUCCCGGCUCCUUUCUUCACCUGCCCCAACCUACAGACUCUACAAGUGCCCCAUCACAGGAUCGGUGCGGUUUAAACCCCAGGGACACCCCCCCCCC